CAGCAUUGCCUUCUCAUGGCAGGUGUCCCGGAGUCCCUGAAUCUGAUGUGUGACCGAAAUGGUGGUCGGCGGCUUCGACAGUGGCUGAUCGAGCAGAUUGACAGUAGCAUGUAUCCAGGACUGAUUUGGGAGAAUGACGAGAAGAGCAUGUUCCGGAUCCCUUGGAAACACGCUGGCAAGCAAGAUUAUAAUCAGGAAGUGGAUGCCUCCAUUUUCAAGGCCUGGGCAGUUUUUAAAGGGAAGUUUAAAGAAGGGGACAAAGCUGAACCAGCCACUUGGAAGACGAGGUUACGCUGUGCUUUGAAUAAGAGCCCAGAUUUUGAGGAAGUGACGGACCGGUCCCAGCUGGACAUUUCCGAGCCAUACAAAGUUUACCGAAUUGUUCCUGAGGAAGAGCAAAAAUGCAAACUAGGCGUGGCAACUGCUGGCUGCGUGAAUGAAGUCACAGAGAUGGAGUGCGGUCGCUCUGAAAUCGACGAGCUGAUCAAGGAGCCUUCUGUGGACGAUUACAUGGGGAUGAUCAAAAGGAGCCCUUCCCCGCCGGAGGCCUGUCGGAGUCAGCUCCUUCCAGACUGGUGGGCGCAGCAGCCCAGCACAGGCGUGUCGCUGGUGACGGGGUACACCGCCUACGAUGCGCACCAUUCAGCGUUCUCCCAGAUGGUGAUCAGCUUCUACUAUGGGGGCAAGCUGGUGGGCCAGGCCACCACCACCUGCCCCGAGGGCUGCCGCCUGUCCCUGAGCCAGCCUGGGCUACCUGGCACCAAGCUGUAUGGGCCCGAGGGCCUGGAGCUGGUGCGCUUCCCACCGGCCGACGCCAUCCCCAGCGAGCGACAGAGGCAGGUGACGCGGAAGCUGUUCGGGCACCUGGAGCGCGGGGUGCUGCUGCACAGCAGCCGGCAGGGCGUGUUCGUCAAGCGGCUGUGCCAGGGCCGCGUGUUCUGCAGCGGCAACGCCGUGGUGUGCAAGGGCAGGCCCAACAAGCUGGAGCGCGACGAGGUGGUCCAGGUCUUCGACACCAGCCAGUUCUUCCGAGAGCUGCAGCAGUUUUAUAACAGCCAGGGCCGGCUUCCCGACGGCAGGGUGGUGCUGUGCUUUGGGGAAGAGUUUCCGGAUAUGGCCCCCUUGCGCUCCAAACUCAUUCUCGUGCAGAUUGAGCAGCUCUAUGUCCGGCAGCUGGCAGAAGAGGCUGGGAAGAGCUGUGGAGCCGGCUCCGUGAUGCAGACCCCCGAGGAGCCGCCGCCAGACCAGGUCUUCCGGAUGUUUCCAGAUAUUUGUGCCUCACACCAGAGACCGUUUUUCAGAGAAAACCAACAGAUCACUGUCUAAGUGUGUCGCUUGGGCGCCCCACCCCGGCUGCGUCCUGCAUCCAUCUCCCUAUUGCAGUGGCCUGCAUCAUGAUUAAAGGAUGUGGAUCCCCCUGUCUGGGGUGGGAUGCCUUACUUUGCACUUAACUUAGUGAGGGCAUUCUCGGAGGAGUAGACGUUUAAUACAAAGUGGCGGCAUAGCCCUGCUGAGAUGUCAGUGGUGGCCUGGAUGCUGUAACCCCAACGUGUGGCUAAACAUUUUAUUUUCUACAUUUUUCCCUUCAUUAUCAUUAGUUGCUGUGAUUCUUUCUGCAUUUUUGGUUAACUAUCAUUUCCAAAGACUUGUCAUUCAGUAAUAUUAGCAGAUAGCUGCUUCGAAUAAAGGAAUUUGGAGUUUAAAAAUCAACUCGUGAAAACAAGGUUGUUUUUGUCUUUAUCUUUUGUUAGAAUUAUAGAUUUAUGAUUUCAUAGGCUUGAUUCUAUAUGAAAUAUCUUUUUACUUUUAUGCAUUUUAAUAAGAUUUAAAAAUUUUUAGAUACAAACCCCCCUUUAAUGAGUGCAAGAAAAACUCUUGACUUGUUAGAAGAAAGUAUAUUCUUUCUAGAAUUCGGUGCAGGAAUAUGUCUUCAUAUCCAGGCAAACGGGUAUAUUUUUAUAUUCAGACAAUCCUUCUCCUCUGGGGCUUUGUUGCCAGGAAGAUUAGAACUAAAUUUAUUUUUUUUUCAUUUCUGUAAUGAAAUCAUCCCAGAUAUCUCUUGUCUUCUUUCCAAAUGUUUUUCACAUAUGUUUAAAAUAUUUCUACUUUGAAUUGUCGGAUUUUCCAUGUCCUUCUUUCUCCUUUGUGCCCAGCCUGAGUCAGCACCAUCCCACAUUCAGAAUCUCCCAGUGAAAGGGCAGGAAGGGGCCUCACCUGUCAGCCUUCAUUUUGAGAAGGUGGAAGGUGUUGGGGUUUGGGAGACAGCUCAUCCGAUCUCCCAAGUCUCAUGUGACAUGGUGGAUUUGUGACCGUGAGAGUUUCCGGUUUAAAAUAUGAAAAACCAGUUUCCUUUUCCCCACGCCAUGCCUGUGGAGGUGACAGUCAGACCCAGAGGUCCUUUAGAUGUGGAUGAGCUCACAGGUGAAUCGAGGAGAAGACCAGGGGACGUGCCUUUUCCGUUUUGUCCAACAAAGCAUUAUAUUUUUAAGAAUGCCAGACCUGUUUGCUGAAGUGUUCGUAAGAUAACAAUAGGCUUGAAUCUCCAAUUCAAAUGAAUGUCAAAGCACAUAUCUUUAAUAUGCUGAAUGAAUAUUUAUUUUUGUACCCAUUUACAGUAUAUUGAUCUCUUUUAUUCUUUGUUAAAAUAAAAUGCUCUUUUUUAAAA